CGAAUACUGCUAUAGUUUUCAACAGCAGUAUACUCAGCCCAAGUUGGCAAUUUUGUCUUGCCUGUAAUGGCUCCCUUCCUUGGCAUGCUAUUGGCACUGCCUCUCAUUCUUCCGUCAAACGCCUUUGUUUUCCGAACGCCGUACAUUGAUUUCAAGAGAACCCAAUUAUAUUUGCUUGACCCCGUAAGUGCUGGAAUCGGAAUGGAUGGUGCUGCUGGUAUAGGCAUCGGGGUGGAAGAAGCAAUAAACGUAGGUAUCGCUGUCGCUUCAGCAUUCGUUGGGACAGCUUCUCAGCUCCCACGCAUUCGAGCAUUAGAGCAGGAAUUAAAAAUCGCCCGUGAUUCUCUCGAUCUUAUGGAGCAUCAAAUGAAUACAAGAAUCAGCGAGCUCGAGGAUAAGCUUUUCGAAAUUGAUCGAGAAUUUGAGAAUCAAACAGACAGGUUCAAAAGAUCAUACGACAAACAACAGUUGGAAGAUCUGGAGCGCAUUACGAAGAAGAUGAAGGUUGACUUUCAAUAUAAGCUGGAAAUCAAGUUGGAAGAAGAAAAGUCAAAGCUUCUCACGAAACAGCUUGAUCUUGUGAAUGGCGUGACAGGAAAGAGGCAAGCCGAGCUGGCCGAGCUCCGCUUGAGACAGAUAGCCAUGGAACACGAAAACUCCACUCUUCAAAAGGCGCAACAAAAAGCAGACGAAGAACUCGUGGCGCAAAAAUAG